CUAUACUACGCUCAUGACCACUAGCACAGCGCAUUCGGGAUCGGCGGAGAGCAGAGAAGGCGCUAAGCAUGGCUGUCCGGCAAAUGCAGAGUGUUUCACAACUGUGCUCAUUCAUAGCUCGAAGAUUGGUGAUAGGACCUAAUUUAUCCAGCCAGACCAGAUUGCUAUCAACAUCACCAUGCCAACCAAGAGACGAGAGAAUGUUAGUUGCUCCACAAAGCUUCAUGGUUCAGAAGAGAUACACUAGCUGGUAUAAUACACUAACUGCUGAUCAGCUAUGGAAAGGAAUGUUAGCAACUACUGGUAAGGCAGCUAGGAAGGCAAGAGGCAAGAGACCUGCAAGAAGAAUGAAGAAGGAUCUUAACAGAGGGCAAAUGGUUGGAGAAGGUAGAGCUCAGAUUGCCUGGCCAGGCCUGAAUGCACCUGUAGUUCAGGGUAAAGAAGUCUUAACAAUUCAGAAGAAACUACCUGAUCCAGAGAAAGAAGAGAGAUUACGUCUGAUGAGAGAGCAGUGGGAUAAGAAGAGGAAGCGUACUGUACCACCAGAAGAGAGAGGUUGGACAUCUAAGAGCUGGGGUGGAAGAACAUUAGGACCCCCUGAUCCUAUCCCUGGAGAGAACUUUGAAGGCUUUGAUUCUCGUGUGAUCCAUGUGAGGAGAGUAUUUAAUAUGACAGGUUCAGUUGGUAGAAAGAGAUCUAUGUCAGCUCUGGUUGUUGUUGGCAAUGGAAAUGGAGCAAUAGGUUAUGCUCUUGGUAAGGCACCAGGUGUGAUAGCUGCACUGAGAAAGGCUAAAAACAAAGCUGCAACAAAUCUUCACUACAUUGAACGCUAUGAUGACCACACAAUCUAUCAUGAUAUAGAGACAAAUUUCGAGGUUACAAGAAUUCGAAUGAGAAAGCAGAACAAAGGGUAUGGUUUGAGGUGCCAUCGUGUUAUGAAGGAGAUAUGUAGAUUAGCUGGGAUUAAGGAUCUCUAUGCCAGAGUGUAUGGUUCCGUCAACCCUAUCAAUCUAACCAAAGCUGCUAUCAAUGGUUUUGUAAACCAGGAAACUCAUCAACAGAUAGCAGAUAGGAAAGGUCUCCAUGUUGUUGAGGUGCGUCCAGAGCGGGGGAGUCUUCCCAUCGUAGUAGCGUCACCAAAGAACAAAGAUACAAGGACAGACGUGGACGAAGAGCCUUGGGAUAAAGAGCUCCCUCUAGAAUGGAAAGAAGAGAAGCCUAGGAAGUUUGAGAACAAUUUCAUUCGUGAAGGAACUAUGAUAUUCUAGAGGAUUUCAAAGAUGUUUUGGAUUUUGGUGGCAAGAGAACACGAGGACAGUUGUUAAUUUUGGGGUUUUGGGGCCCUGAAUCCACAAAGGAGGUUUUUAAACCAUGGUCAUGCGUUUCCAAGCUGGAAAAAGUUUGGCAAUGAGAAAAUUCAACACCAUUCAUUUUGAAGCUCGACUUAUGAUUAUGAUGUAGAAAUAAUUGUCCAGGAUUUUAGAAAAAGGUGAAACAAUAUCAUUGAACUCACAACGACUUAAUUUGAUAAUAUUCUGCAUGUACUUUUACCUUUGUGAAAGAGGGUUCCUGCAUGUGCGACCUUUUACAGUUCAAUUCAAUUUAUACCAGUAUAUGUUCAGGUUUAUUGCAGUCAUAUUCAACCCAUGGGACCGUGAGGAAAAGCAAUUGUAAUUGCAUUAUGACUAGAUUUCUAAAUAUGUUUCGCAUGGAUAUGAUGUAUCGAUGUCUGAUAAAACGAAAAUGCAUGUAGUAAACUACCGGUAGUAAUCUUAUUUUUGUAAUCAUAUUCCUGAAUCUGUUUCAAUGUUCAUUUUGUGAAAGAAUGACAUUGAAAUGGAAACAUGCUGGCACAUGGUUCACAACCCAUACAGGUCAAUCCUGUGAUAACGAAGUCAUGUUGAAAUGUUCUGCUUUAAUAAUCGUCCUUAUGAUAUUAGUUCUUCCUAAAUAUAAAAGAACAAGAAUUGCAUUAUAUUGGCUUUAUGACUACCGGUAUGCAAUAAGAAAUCAAAGAAUGUUAUGAAUUGUUUUAAGACUUGUCAUCACUUUGGAUCUAUGGUAACUUGUACUACAGCGCCCAGGUUAUCAGGGCACGGAUCUGUUCAGCCAGAUGGCUUGGAUAGGGUAUAAAAUAAUAAGAUUACAUGUAUUCACCAUGUGAAGGUGUUGAGUUGUCUCUGCUGUGUGUAAACUGUCAAUUAAAUUAUUUCAAAUCCCUUCUUGGUUAGGAGGUAGAAGCAUUGGUUUGCAAACACAGGAGCCCCUUCUUAUUAAGAGUUGCAAUUGAUUCAAAUUGAUCACAACUUGAAAUUUAUCCCAACUCCUAUUUCUUAAGUACGCAGUUUCUAUUAAUUUUAAGUUGUGAUUGAUUCAAAUCAAUCACAACUCUUUUACAAAGUGGUAAAAAAAAAUCCAUAUAUUGUUUCCUUAACAAGUUACAUAAAACAUUUAUAUUAAAAUUCAGAAUCCUUCCAGAGUUCUAGUAAUGAAACUUUUCUGAAAGAAAUCAAUAUAUGAACAUUUCUUGAUCAUGUUGUCAAUAUCAAUUAACUUCUGAUAUGUCAUGGCUUUGGUGGAACAUACAUGUACAUACAAUAUUAUGCACACACUAAAAAGAACAUCCCGAUAUAUAAUAUUUUGUAUGGUAGUCUUAGAAGUCACAUUUCCCUUAUUUAGUUAUUUUUUCCUGUGAAACUGACAAAUAUUGUUAACAUUGCAUUAUUACAUUAAAACUACUUUAUAACUACAUUA